GGUGGAAUAAUCUCAGUGGGGCUGUGACGCGGCAAGACAAGAUUGGGAAAGAACCUUCCGCGUAAAAGUGUUAUCUUAUUUUAAAUAUGCGAUUUUAUUAAAAGAAAUAGAAGGCCUUAAGCUUGACUUGGAAACCCAGAAAAAGGGAAAAAAGAAACAAGCUUUAACUCCUUCACAACCAAUAAUGACAUAACAGCUAAGCAACCUUCUUUUCUUCAACCUGAUCCCUCAACCUCAAUUAUCCUGGGGUUACGUUGAUUUGGAUCUUCUCCUACGUUACCGUAAUUAUUAUUUAAAUCUCUUCGUUAAUGUAUAUAUACAAAAGCUGUGGCUGCCUUAUGCUGAAAGACCGUAUCGAUCCUCGAUACUCGAAAUCGUGACGAUCCAUUUUUUUUCUACCUAUGCGACAACACCACGAACGAACGAACAAACAGACAAACAAACAAAUCCAAUCUUCCCGAUACAACGAGAGCUGUCGCGUAAUACAAAUUUGCUAGCCGACGUACUACAUCUAUCUUCAGGAACCUAACACCAUUCCGCCCGAGUCAUGUUCGGGUUUGGCCUGCAAGAUCUAACUUAUUAGAUCCAGCCCGUCGGAAUGCUCUCACAUCUCCGCUUUCAUAGACGGGGUCCGUCCAAUCCCUCAUCUCCCGUACCCGAAACCGGCCCUUGGGAUGCUGCUGCCCUUCAACCAACCCAGCUGGUCCCUGACGAUGGCGUUCCGGCUCCCGAUAUUCGACCACGAUCCGCUACCUCUGUACCCUUUACUCAUGGACAUGGCCAGCCUCCGUCUCAGCCAGCGCUACCUCAAUCCCAACACCCCUUACAGAAUAGGCAACCACCAACUUUGCCACCAAUUACCGGAAUCUCCUCAGCCGAGUUAGACCUAACGAUUGACUUGGAAAAAUUUGAGCACAAGCCGCGCGAAGAACUUAAGCAUUUAUCGCGGUCGUCUUACAACGGGGAUAGUGGAUUUAUCGGUGGACUAGCUUUGCAAAAUUACCGUCGGGAACAAGAAGCGCUGAAACCAGGCUCAUUGGACAGGAACGCAAACCGCGCUUCGGAUUCUCCUUCGUUCGGCACCUAUGCUGGCACAGCCAAUUUUCCGAGUCGCCCCGCGCCACCGACUAAGCCCGUCAAGGCUGCUUCUUCGUUCGUCCCACCCGGCUCUCUGCAGAAUGCAAAUACGACAAGUAAACGACUGCAAGGUACUAGGAUGGUAUCCGAUUCACAGGCUUCCCAUGGUCAAGAUGCCCCAAGGGCGAAAAAGAGCCUCCCUUUUCUGAAAAAUCCCAUGUCGACGUUGCUUCUACGGAGAAAGACUAGCCAGAAUGUACCAGAUCUCACGCUGCCAUUACGUGGUCAAGAUGAAGAACCUUUAUACGAUCCUCGAAUCAGAGGGACACGGGUCCAUGACUUUAGCGCUCCGCGGCCGAGAAAGGUUAUACCGAAUAGCGAACUAGUAAAUUCGGGAGUCGAACGGCCUCGUCAGGAUGUUGUCUCACCUCCCACAGAACAUAAUUCACCCGUUAUAGGAGUGCCUCCAGUUCCUCCUAAGGACGGCAAUUCUCAGUCCACUCGAUCAUCCUCAACAAAUUCUCGGACUGUAUCGGUAGAUGCUACCUCGUUACAGAAGAGCCAAGACUCGGUGGAUAGCCGCUCUAAUGUUGGAUCCAAAAAUGGACGAUAUAGCCAGAGGAGAACGAAUUCGAUUCCUCCUUCGUUGAAAUCGUUAAAAUCGUUAUCCCGCAAUGUUUCAGAGGCUUCCAGCAGGGAUGUCCUGUCAUCCGUGCCUAAACAUAUGAAAAGUACCUCUUCACGGUUUAGUUUUGAUAUGAUCGGUGCUGCAAAGCAGGAGAAGCUAUUGGAAGAACGACAUCGGCAGCGACAACAAGACAAGAGAACAGACGAACCUCCCCAUCAGCGAGAUUCUCGUUUCGAUGAUUUUGAUGAAGAUGCAUUUGACUAUGAUGCAAUGGAUUAUGAUGAUGGACUCGAAGAACGUAUACCGGGUGUUAAUGCUGACCUGGACGAAGAAGACGUUGACGGUGUAGAUGAUCCGGAUAAUGAUCAGGAAAAUUUUGCGGGUUUCACUUUUCAGAGAUCUAAUCCUGUGUCAGUGUUAGCGAGUCCCCAUGGCACCGGCAUUUCACGUACCUCAGGGGAUGCAAUUAAUAGUAUCAGUGGCUAUGUAAUGACUCAAGAGCUGCCUGGUGUCCCACGGCCAUUGAGUGUUUCUAUGGAAAGUCCAGGGGAAGCUCCCGUAAAGGAGGCGUCAGAACAAAAUACACCGACGGGACUGGGCAUCCAAGGACUCGAAACUGUCAAGGAAAUGUCUGAACAGUUACCAUUUCCACAACAGCAACAAGGAGAAACGACACGGCAGCUCUCUAAAGACGACGAGCUUUAUUUUAACGAUGGUCUUAUACACGAUUUUGAUGGGGAGGGAGAUGGUUCGGCGUUUGAUGAGUCUAUAUUCGACCUUGAGGAUACAGAUCGAUAUGGUCGACCAAUUCCGGGGUUGUUCGCCAAUGCGCUAUCGCAGAGGAAAGCCGCUGAAGAGGCAAAGAAGCGAGAAUCUGAUAUGACUUCUAGUUUGUCGGCACCAUCUGAUUAUUCACAAUCGACUGCGCAUACCUCGCUCAGUACCGAUCUCCAGUCGAAACCGACAGAAUCCGAGCCUAUUUUAGAAACACAGCAACUUGCGGAAGAGCGUAAAUCAUCGGUUUUUAGCCUGGAUGCUACAGAGCAAGACCAAGUAGCAGCUUAUCAGGCCGCCCUGGCAGCCGCUGCUCAUCAAGCUGCUGCUUCAGGGAAAUUUCGAAGAGAUUCGUCUCCUCCACCACCAACCGAGCUUACGAUCACGUCUCCAACGACACCCGCAUCCACCCACGCAGAGAAUCUCGAUGAUUAUGAAUACGAUGAUGGACUCUCCACAGGACUGGAUGACUAUGAACUUGAUGAUGACGAUAUUAUUGCGGAAGCGAACGCCAGCGCUCUUGCUAACGACUCGGAUGGCUGGUACGGACAAGAGUUUGGAUUUUAUUCCGCACCGGCACCGUUGCAUAGUCAUCAUAAUUCCAAUGCGCUUAGCGAAAAGAACCUAUACCAAUAUUCUCACGGGGGUUAUUUUGGUCCUAGCGGUAUCAAUCGAAGUACCUCAGGUCGCAUUGUCUCACGCGAGCCGAACUUAACACCCAUCACAGAGCGCUCCGAGUAUUCUAAUCGAAACUCACUCAUGAGCUUAGGCAUGUCUCAAAGCGCAAACGCCAACGGGCCCCUUCAGAGUCCCGGCCUAGCUCAGCUAGCUAUGAUGGCAGAUGAUGAUGAUAUGUCACUAUCAGCUCUACUUCGUCUACGCUCCAAAGCCUGGGGUGGCUCUCAAGUGUCACUUGUAAGCUCACGUGAGGGCUCACCCAAUGACAGAAACGGUGCUGCCAGCCCAUGGGGUCAAGAUCAUGGUAUCGCAGGCUCACAUGGACGUAAAAACUCUGCCUUUUCUAUCUUCAGUCAGGACUCAGCCGGAGCAGGUAGCGGCUCAGGAAGCCCCACGCUGACUAUGUCCAUGCCUGGUAUACCUAACAGCUCUAUUCCGCCUAUCACUGCGUCUUCUAACUCUAACCUGACUCUCACAACAUGCUCUUCUAGCUUACCAAUUUUCUCCCCCUUGCAACCUUCAUCAGUUUGCCCACCCGUGUUUGAGGAUGAAGAGUCGAGUCCGUUCGACGAGAGGAAGACUGACAUUGUGAGCCCAAGCCUAUCAACAUCAAGCACAAUGACAAGACCUCUUAGUGAAAAUAUGAGUCCGACUAUUGGUAUACCGUCUCAGCAAAGGCCAGGCAUGGGCCACAAACAUAGAGGAAGUGCGGAUAGCAUAUCAUACACGAAAGAAGAAGACAGCGGAGAAACAAGGUGGAUUAUGGAACGACGCCGCACCGCAGAGUCGGGAGAAAUAGAAGUUCUCGGGCGACAAGUUGUGGAUAGAGGCAGAAUUUAGCAGCUUUUAGAAUAACUAGCUCGUGCUACGACAAACGGUUUCUUACGACUUGGGGGCGCGGGUGCAUUAGGACUGGUGUAUAUUUCCAAGUGGGUGAGGUAUCAAACAUAUCUUGUCGCUCUUAUAUCACACUUCCUUUACGGCGCAACAUUGGAGAAAUGAAGGUUUGGAGUAAUAUAUAUAUUUAGGUACCUCUUUCGUAUAAGGGUUCGCUGGAGUACAAAAGCAUGGGUUCAUUUUGGCUCGGUUGGGGUUGGAUGGAGGCUGUAUCAAGCAUGGAAAGGGUUUGAUUUUGUAUAUGUACCUAAGGUACAAUAAUGCGCUUUUGGCUUGAGGGUUGAACUAAGCUGACUAGUAGCCCUCUACAUAAUCAUCUG